AUGACUGAGGAAGGCGGUGAAAAGGAGUACAUCAAGUUGAAAGUCGUCGGACAAGAUGCGAACGAGGUGCAUUUUCGCGUCAAAUUCGGCACAUCGAUGGGGAAAUUGAAAAAAUCGUACGCUGAAAGGACCGGAGUGCAAGUGGGCCAGUUGAGAUUUCUUUUCGAUGGCCGACGAAUCAACGACGAGGACACACCGAAGACGCUGGAUAUGGAAGAGGAUGAUGUGAUUGAGGUCUACGCCGAGCAACUAGGCGGA